AUGCUUCAAGUGCUGCCUACAAAAAUGGAAUUUUCUUCGGAAAUGAAUAUGGGUCAAGACAACUCGUCGGUUUCUGCCGGAACAGGAUCCACGAAAAAGAAAAAUAUACCGGUGGAACUCACCGCUUAUGGUACUACUCCAUCUGGUAAACCUCGGCUUUUUGUGUGUCAAACAUGUACCAGAGCUUUUGCCCGACUCGAGCAUUUGCGCCGCCAUGAACGGUCACAUACUAAGGAAAAACCCUUUAGCUGUGGUGUUUGCCAACGGAAAUUUUCAAGACGAGAUUUGCUUCUUCGUCAUGCUCAGAAAUUGCACGCGGGCUGCGCCGAUGCCAUCACACGGCUUCGGCGAAAGUCUAUCAAGAGAAACAGCUCCAUCAACGAUUUGGAUGAAUAUGAAUACGAAGACGAAGACGAAGAUGAUAUAAUGGACCUGGAAGCGUCCGGUUCUCCAGCGGUGAAAGACUCGAAACUGCAAGCCGAACAUUCCAUACAAACACCUUAUGACCCCGUUCAAUUCAACCUCAACCUUUUCAGUCAGCAGAAACAGCAAAAUAAGCCCACUCCUCCUCGCCAUGGUUCUGUGUCCUCGAAGGAACCAGGCUCACUACAAAGACAAGUUUUCGACAGAAAGAGACCCAACAGGCUUCGUGGUGCUUCGUUUUCUGCUCAAUCUGGUGCAAACUAUGCUCUGGGUUUGCCACAGUUCAGUGAAAGCUACCCUGAAGCUGAUAGUGUGGAGUUUUCAACCCCUCAAAUUCUCGCAACGACAACAUCUGACGAGAGCUAUUGGUUCAAUAAUCUCUCCACAAUUCCAGGUCUUAGUGAACACGCCUCAUCCAACCGCGCAGUCCAAAUGGCAAGAGCAAAUCUGGACCAACGUGAUAUACGCCAUGGUUCGACUAUGUCCCUUGACUCCAAUAGUGAUUUUGGAAUGUCUCAUCAUGGCUCUGUGUCUCAACAUCCUCCUAAUCCCCACCACAGAUCUGACAGUAUGGCCAGCUCCUCCUCAUUUAAUACGUUUGACUCCGUCAACUUGCAGUAUAUGAUGCCCAAUGCUACAUUUUCUGCAAAUGAAAUUACUCCCGCGACUACAAACAGUACUUCCAUUGCAAACAAUCCUAACCUUUCAACUGAGGAUUAUGGUUACGCAUUCUACGAUGUUCCUGAAACAGUCAUUGCAAAGAGUGAGUCCAAGCCAGCACAUUCCUUGAGUCCUAUAGAGCAGGAAAUGGACGACGACCAAUCAAGUAAUCAUACCAUGCAGAAAGAAGGAAACCCUUCCAACAACAACAACAUGGAUGUUAAUUUUCUUAAUGAUUUUGGCGAAUUGACCCAUGAUUUUGAUGUAAAUACUCGGUUCAUGCCAGGGGGAUACUCCUUCUACGAUGACAAUCCUUCCGUUUCGUCUUCUGGAAUGGAGACCAAUUCCCCUCAAGUUGUAUCUCCUCCCCCUACCAACGGCAGAUAUCAAACAUCUACCAAUUCCCACUUAGCACAGGAAACCACCUCCGGACAAGAUGGACUUUCUCCCAACAGACUUUUCAAACCUAACUCCUUUGCGGCCAAUAAUUACAACAAGAACAAGCUUUUCACCAGCAACAUACGGUAUAUGAUCAGCAAAGCUUUGAGCAAAUAUCCUAUUAGCGGAGUUAUGACACCAACAAUUCCUUCUAAUGAAAAGUUGGAAUUCUAUUUGAACAAUUUCGAAAGGACUUUUCUUUAUCAUUACCCAUUUAUUCACUCGUCAAAGUUGAAUGAGUACGAGAUAAUGAGUAUGACCGCUAAUGAGGACCCUUCGAGUGAAAGUGCUCGAGUUUGCUUGCCUUUACUCGUUGCUACCAUGGGUGCAUUGUUGACCAAUAACAAGAAUGACUCUGAGCAUUUAUACGAAGCUUCAAGGCGAACUAUUCAUAUUUAUCUCGAGAGCAGAAAAUCUACUCCUUCCAACGGAAGUCCAAACGGGGCGAAGCAGCCACUGUCCUCUAAUCCACUCUGGUUGAUUCAAUCCUUGACUUUGUCAGUGAUAUACGGUUUGUUUUCUGACAAUGAGAAUAACGUCUACAUUGUUAUCAGACAAUUAAAUGCUUUGAACUCAUUAGUCAAGUCGUCCAUCAAGACCAACAGAACCAUUUUGUUCUCUAUUCAUGGAGAGGAUGAGGAAAUUUACAACAAGACAAAUGAGCUGUUCUCGAAUGAGUUUUUGCAGAAUGACUUGUUUUCCAACAGUUCCAUGACAGUCAAUGACCAGGUCAAAUUCAAAAACAAUAUCAUAGUGCAGUCGCAAAACAGAAUUGUGUUCAUGAUUUACAGACUUACGAAUUUCCUUUUGAUGAUGUAUAACGUUCCUUUAACGUUGAGCGUUAACGACUUGGGUUCAUUGGAGGCACCAGAUGUCAAUGAUGAGUUUCUUUGGAACUUCAAAACCUGUCUGGAUUAUCGUGCUUACUGUAAAGAACAUCUUCCCAAUGUUAGUUUGGAUGAUAUGCUUAAUAAGCUGAACACUAGCAAAGUGCCAUUCAAAGACCUUGUCUAUCAAUUCACGUCAGGCAACUUCAAUGGACAGGAUUAUGGGGAACUAUUAUCUCAAAGAAGCAGAUUCGAAUUUAUAAGUCUCCUUCAUGGAAUCUUUGAGCUCAAACAGUACGACGAACUGAAUAGCAUCAAUGUUCCACAGAUCUUGGACUACUUAAGUCCGUUCAUUGGCCAAUCCAAGGAAUAUGAUGACGGCAUGAACAAGGUACAAUCUGCUCUCGAGCAGUUUGAUUAUGCCCUUCUUGCAUAUUUUGUUAAGUUCACCACACUGAUCGACAUCAAGUCCUUGAAGGAGCAAAGUUGGAUCCGCAAUGUCGAAAAACUCACGAACAAUUAUUUGCAGUGUUUGGGAAAUGCAGAGAAAUUGGAAGACGACAACUUUUUGCAAGUUGUGGAUUGCUGUUUGCUUAUCAUACGGUACAUUUUGUUCUCGACUCCCGAAAUGAGCACAGGAGCCAAUUUUCAAGCUUUGUCAUUAAUGGAUAAUGCAGAAGUCAGCUUUGGUCUGCAAAUUCUUGAUGAUUUUGGUGAAAUUGAUUCUUCGAGAAGUUGCAUUCAUUCUCAGGUUUUGUUUCAUGCAUUUGCCGUGUUGUCUAUAUUUUCCAUCAUUUUGACGAAGCGCAUGAACAACAACUACAGUACUGAGACAAACAAAGCCUGGUUGAAAAGGUUUGGAAUAGCCCUGAACAUGAUGAGAAGGAUUGAAACGUUUUUGAAGAUGAAGUAUCAGAGUAUGAAGAAGGAGAAUGAGAUUUCAAGUUUGAUGCUUUACUCCAACGGAAGUCCUCGAACAAUUGCAAUUGAAAACGAACUUGCAAUGCAUGGAGUCGGAGACCAUCAUGCUAUUGCUUUUGGCAUGGAUAAAACAUUGUACAUUUUGAAGAUUGGAGAGUUAAUUUUGGGGUAUUUGCAUGAUGCCAAGAUCAAGGUUAGUAUCUUUAAAAAGUUGAGCGGGAAUUUGUCACAGAUCAGAAAGUUCCUCAUCGACAACGAAUCACGGAUCCCUACACACUAG